UUUCGGUUCAUUGCUUGUACAGGGCUGCAACGUGCUGCCAGCUCAUCGCUCGUCAGCAGAAGAGCUCCCUGUAAUUCUCGAUACUCUCCCUCAGAAUCACGACAAUGUCCGGGAAGGUCUAUGUCCCGAUCCCCCCGCGUCCCGCUGGGUACUUCCAGACGAACCCACGUGCCGACCUGACGGAGGACGAGCGGUCCAUGUAUGAGGAGGUUCUAGCCCACUUCACCAAGGACAGUUACGUUUUACCCAACGAGGAGAAGGGAGAAUUGACGGAGAAGGAGAAGUUUUGGCUCUCUAGGGAAUGUCUGUUGCGGUAUCUACGCGCGUCCAAGUGGAAGGUCGCCACUGCGAUCCAGAGGCUGGAAAGUACGCUUAAAUGGAGGCGUGAGUUUGGUAUCUACGAUCUUACUGCAGAGUACGUCGAACCAGAGGCUGUUACUGGCAAAGAGAUUAUCUUCGGAUACGAUGUCAAGGGCAGACCCGCCUUCUACAUGAUUCCUAGUCGACAGAACACCGAUGGUGUAGAGCGCCAAAACCAGUUUGCGGUUUGGAUGCUGGAGAGGGGCAUUGAUUGCAUGCCUCCGGGUGUCGAGACCCUGGACCUUCUUAUCAACUUUGCUCAGCGAGCAAAACAUCCCAACUUCUCCCAAGCUCGUACAAUCCUCAGUAUCAUCCAGGACCACUACCCCGAACGUCUCGGCAUGGCGCUUCUCCUCAACAUGCCUUUCCUCGUCACUGCUUUCCUCAAACUCAUCUUCCCAUUCGUCGACCCAGUCACUCGCGAGAAGGUUAAACUCAACCCUUCGCCAAUCGAAGACGGUCUCUUCGAGCAGGAUAUGAUCAUGUCAGAGUAUUGGGGCGGCAGCCAAGACUUUGAGUAUGUCCACGAGAAGUACUGGCCUGAGUUUGUCAAGACGAGCACGGAGAAUGCGGCCAGGUGGACCGCGAAAUGGAAGGAGUUGGGUGGAAAGAUUGGGAUCAGCGAAUGGGAUUACAAGGGCGGCCCAUCCUCCGAGAAGGAGGAAGUCGACGGCGCCGUGUCUACUUCCGUGGCUGUCGAAACUGGUGAAAAGGACGAGCAAAAGCCCAGCACGGAACCAGCACAGAAGGACAGCAAGAAGGACGAGGAGCAGGCUCCACCACAGGCAACUCCUGCAGCCGGUGGUGCAGUUACUACGGCAGGUGGAGGAGCCAUAGCUGCCGGUGCCGUUGCAGGAUCUGGAGGCGAUGCCUCCGCUGCUGGAGGUGAUGCGGGGGGAGAGUAA